AUGGCGGUACGUACGACACCGGAGCAAUUAAGCACGCUACAGUACGCGCCCGACCGCAUCCGCAAUAUCUGUAUCCUUGCUCAUGUAGAUCAUGGCAAGACAACGCUCAGUGACAGUCUUGUUUCUGCCAACGGUAUUAUCUCGGAACGACUCGUUGGCAAGAUGCGAUAUUUGGAUAAUACAGAAGAAGAACAGAUUCGUGGCAUAACGAUGAAAUCCAGUUGUAUCUCUUUGAUCUAUGAACCAGAGCCCGUGGCGGAGAAAAAGCCUGACGCACCAUAUCUUAUUAAUCUCGUGGAUUCUCCAGGUCACGUGGACUUUUCAUUUGAUGUUUCAACUGCAGUAAGACUCUGUGACGGAGCAUUAGUACUAAUUGAUGUAGUAGAAGGAGUUUGUGCGCAGACACACGCUGUCAUUCGUCAAGCUUGGAAAGAAGGGAUUCGACCAUGUCUUGUACUUAAUAAGAUGGAUCGGCUUAUUUUUGAACUACAAUUCUCGCCGAGGGAGGCGUAUCAGAGACUUAAUCGCAUUUUAGAACAGGUUAAUGCUAUACUUAGUUCUAUGAUUAGAAUGGAUGUAAUGGAGAAAUACGACCAGGAAGAUACUAAAGAUGAAAAAGCGAUGAAACCUAUUACGUUGGAUGACGAAGCUAUUACAAAAGAGACGGAGCAAAGAGAAAAUGAAAUGCUAUUUUUACCCUCAAACGGUAAUGUGAUUUUUGCUAGCGCUACUGAUGGUUGGGCCUUUGGGAUUGGGUACUUUGCUACUUUGUAUGCAAAGAAACUAGAAUUGCCAAUCCGUGUACUACGUCAAGCGCUAUGGGGAGAUUUUUACUACAAUGGCAAGACCAAGAAGAUUGUGACCAAGCCGCCAACUUCUAACAGCGAGACAAUGUUUUGCUCGUUUAUUCUCGACUUGAUUUGGUCUACGUACACAGCAAUGAUGAAGCCCGUCCUGUUGGAUGAAGACCUGGAUGCGCUUCGCAAACUCACGCGACAGCGCCGGGUUGCGAAGGUGGUUACGGAUCGCGAUCUCAAGCAGACGGAUCGCAAACUUGCUAUACGAGCGGUUAUGCGGAAAUGGCUGCCGGUGUCUACGACAGUAAUGAAGAUGGUCACUCGUGUUCUGCCAAGUCCGGUGGCUGCACAAGUAAAGCGAGCCGAAAAGCUGUGCUCUUUCUCUGAACGCCUCAAUAAAUUAUCGAAACACGCACAGGUCUUUUGUGCAGUGAAAUCGUGCCAAAUCUCGGAAGACGCUCCACUGGUCAUUUACAUUUGCAAGAUGAUUUCAGUGGAGGCGAAUGUGCUUUCAGAUUACCACCAAUCUGGACUUGCUGCCACUGAUGAAGUUUAUGUUGGCGUCGGUCGUAUCUAUUCUGGUGUUCUUCGACAAGGCCAGCCCAUCUAUGUGAUGGGUCCAAAGUUCCAAGGCAUUUCUGGGGUUGCUGACGUUAAUGUAGUAGAUUGGGGUAGUGUGAAACACGUAGCACGAAUCGAUAGCGGGUUGAUCAAGCCCUACAUGAUGAUGGGUCGAGAUCUGCACAAACUGGACCGUGUACCGGCCGGAAAUAUUGUGGGUAUUGUUGGGCUGCAGGAGCUUGUACUAAAGACGGCUACGCUAUCUUCGACACUGGCUUGCCCUUCUUUAACGAGAAUGCCAUAUCAAGCGAAACCGAUUGUACGUGUGGCUGUAGAGCCAGAGGACCCACGUAAUUUUGGAGCUUUAGAAGCCGGUCUGCAGCGUCUGUAUCGAUCUGAUCCUACUGUCGAAGUUCACGUUCAAGAAACUGGAGAACACGUGAUUGUGGCACUGGGAGAACUCCACCUAGAACGGUGCAUCAAGGAUUUAAAGGAACGCUUUGCCAAGGUUGCAGUUCAUGUCUCGGAGCCAUUGGUUGGCUUCCGAGAAAGCAUUGUAGAUGGAACAGUCUCUUCGCUCCAGGAGAACAUCGUGUUUAAGGAACUUUUCAACCCUGACGUGGCUAAUGUUGGGACGUUUGGGAAGCAUGAAACAAACGCCGCCAGUGAAGCUACAGAUUCCAAAGUUGCACUGGGAACGACCCCGGACGGUACUUUGACGCUGAAGUUGCAGGUGCUUCCAUUGCCUCUUGCAACAGCGAAGCUUUUGGAAGUAAGGGCGCCACUUCUAAAGCGCAUUGCACUUAGCAAGAAGACAGCUGAUGAAGUAGGAGGUAAGGUGAGAUCUGGAGAAAUCGAGGCUACUGCGGAGGAUGUUCUCGCUUUCAAGAAUGAAGUGGAAGUAUCACUUCGAUCGAGUAAAAGUGCUUUUCUGAAAGAGCUUCAUCUGGACCGAAUUUGGAGCUGUGGCCCGCGCCGAGUUGGGUCGAACGUGUUGAUUAACAACAUCCCGGGCUACCAAACAUCUAACGGCUUCUUCUCAUCUAAUGCCGUCGCUCAUGUUCGGAAUUCUGAGAAGGCAGAACAAAUCAAGAAGAUAGAGAACAGCAUUGUGACGGGUUUUCAAAUGGCUGCAUCAGCUGGACCCCUUUGCGAUGAGCCUGUUUGGGGAGUAGCUUUUAUCAUUGACGAUGUCAUUUUUCACAACAAGAAAAAUGACGGGAAAAAAGUCGGAGGAUGA